UACAUAAUGUUGAAGAUCCUAACUCAUCUUCUACCACCAACGGCAUCUGGGAGAAAUGCGGCAGGAGGUAGAUGCUCUGUGAAUUAGGUUGUCUCUUACUUGGUGGAGUUUGUGCCGACUAAUACCAACCUAGCAACUCUGAGGAGUGGAUCCACUGAAACACUGAAAUCAGUUCAGCCGCAGCUAGUUUGCAUUGGACCACUAAGACAAGGAGCUCAGUAUGUAAUUGUGGCAAAAAAUGACUGUGUUGUUGUUCCACUAGAUAUUGAAAACCUGUCUUGUGCUGUGGACAAACUGUUCAAAUUUUACUGGAUGUGUAACCUUAAGUAUCCCUGUCAACUAGCAUCAGUUUUUUCUUUUUUUGAGUAUGUUUAUGACCUGCCUUUGUCUGCAAACUCUAGUAGGCGAUCAAAAGUUAUGGAGUUAAUUGCCAAAAUACAAUCUCUGGCCUAAAUUAGUAAAAGCAUGUAUACAUGUCCCCAGUGUUCCCAAAAGGUUUCUUUGGAAAUCAGAAAGUUGAUAUGGCAUUUGCGUGAAGUCCAUGCACUUUCAGAUAGUCAAAAUCUAAAUAUUACCUGUAGUCAAGAUGGUUGUCCCAGGACUUACCACAGUUUUAAUUCAUUUUCAAAACACCUUAGCAGAGCUCACACUGUAAUUAAACCAUGUUCAUCAAAAGAAUCAGCACAGUCUGUAGGCCUUCAUUUGUCUAGUCAUAUUGAAGAAUUUAACUUGGGAGAUGAGGUUCAAACAACAGAAACAUCUCAAAAAUCUCCCAAGAAUUUGAGCUUAAUGGAUUGUGCUGCCAGUUUUGCUGCUCGUAUGUAUGCUUCUGCUAAUGUAACUUUUACAGAUGUACAAAGAAGUAUAACAUGUACAAAAGAAGUUCUGGAUAAAGCAUUAGACAAUUUACAAGAAAAAACUAAUGCAUUGUUGAGCAGCUUAGCAGUUCCCCUGGAUAAUAGUGAAGUUCAAGGUCUAAUGAAAGAUUUUGACAACACCAGAAAUAUGUUUAACGAAAUUGAUACUCCAUUUAAAUUAACAAAGUACUUUUCUGAAAAUUUUUUAUUUGAGAAGCCCACAGAAGUGUUUCUUGGCCAUAGAGCUGAUACUUUUAGAAAAAGUGGAGAAAUAAGACAGGUGUUGGUAGCAGACACUUUUCAAUAUAUCUCAGUAAUUAACACCAUCAAGUUUCUGUUUAGUUGUGACAAAAUGCAGAGUAUUUAUAUGCAGUCCUCUGUGAGACCUGGUAAACUGCAGGAUUAUUGCGAUGGCACUCACUAUGCUAGACACCCACUUUAUCAGAAGUACCCUGAUGCAUUACAGCUUCAACUCUACUACGAUGAUUUCGAAACAACAAACCCUCUAGGAUCAAAAACAAAAAUUCACAAAAUGGGGGCAGUUUAUUUUGCAAUUAGAAAUCUGUCACCAGAGUUUAACUCAUUACUUUCUAACCUUCAUUUGUGUGUUCUGUUUAAUUCUGUUGACAGAGACACAUAUGGUUUCGAGAGAAUUAUGGAACCAUUAAUAGUAGACAUUAAGAAACUUGAGUGUAGUGGUGUUCAGGUUGAAAUGAAUAAGGAAAGUCACAUAAUUUAUGGAACUGUACUGUAUGCCUGUUAACAGCAGAUAACCUUGCUUGUCACUCACUUUGUGGAUAUGUUGAGAGUUUUUCUGCCAACAAGUUUUGUCAGUUUUGUUUGAUAGACAAAGCAAGUUCACAAUAUAUUUUUGACGAAAAUCAGAUUGAGAGACGAACCAGAGAGAAUUACAUGCAUCACGUAAAAAUCAAUGUUCCAAGUGCAACGGGUGUUAAGCAAAACUCAUGCUUAAACCAUCUUAAGUAUUUUCAUGUCACUGAGAAUAUAUGUGUGGAUAUAAUGCAUGAUGUGUUAGAAGGGGUUGCACCAUUUGAGGUCAGACUAAUGCUUCAACAUUUCAUAUACGAGGAGAACCUUCUUUCAUUAGAACAUCUAAAUGAAAGAAUAGCUGGAUUUGGAUAUGGUUAUGGGGACGAUAAGAAUAAACCUUCUGUUAUUCUUAAUCUGAAGACAUCAGAAAAGGCAAUUAAGCAAACUGCAUCACAAAUGUGGUGUUUACUACGUGUGCUGCCUUUUUUGUUGGGGGAUUUAGUUGAUUCAGACAGUCCACACUGGCAAUUAUUCCUUCUCUUAAGAAAAAUUUGUGAUAUAAUUUUUGCCCCUGUUGUAACAAAGGCACUUGCAGUUUUUCUUAAGCAACUUGUUAUAGAUCAUCAUACACUAUUCAAGAAUAUAUACCCUAACAGAAAUCUAAUUCCCAAGCAUCACUUUAUGGUGCAUUACCCAAGUAUGAUGACUUUAUUUGGCCCACUUUCCAAAUUGUGGUGCAUGAGAUUUGAGGCCAAGCACCACCCUUUGAAGCAGCAGGCACACACGGUAUGUAACUUCAAAAACAUCUCAAAAUCUUUGGCUCAUAAAUAUCAGAUUCAACAAAUGUACCAGUGGAAACUAAGCUCAGAGCAGACCUGUGAAAUGACUGUACCCAAUUCAUUUGCUGUAAUUAUUGGUUCUUUGUUCAAGGGUGAGAAGUUGCUAGAUCAACUGAAAUCUGACCAUUUUUUGACAACUUUGUCUAUAAACAGUUCAGUUCAUGUGACCAACUCUGUUAUCUUGUUUGGCACUACAUAUAGAAAAGGGUGUAUCCUUCCAUUAAACAUGGACAAAAACGGAGAACCUUUAUUUGGAGAAGUCAUACACAUAUUUCCUCAACAUGAAAGAGGUUAUUCCUUAAUGUUUCUGAGACUUUUAAAAGUGAAAUAUUUUGAUGAGCAUCUCUUUUCUUACAAAGUUGAGACAACUGAAGUAUUUAAUAUGGCCAAGGUUCCAGGUGACAUAGAGUAUUGUAAACCUUUAGAUAUCAUUUCAUUCCAUGAUGAGAAAUAUGUCUCUCCAAGGUACAAAAUUAUCUUUUAAAACAGUGGUUUUACCAGACUGCAUGGAUUUCUCAGUCAGUUUGAAGAGGGUUAUGGUAUGAAUGUCAAAUUUGAACUUGCAUUAAUUUUUAGCGUAACUGGUUUAAUAGUUUUACAAGUUGUAGUGUUUUGGAAAUGUUUUUAAGAAUUUGUAUUCAUUACGGGUUCUGAUUAAAUGUAUGAAUUUCAGUGUGUUAAGAAUUGUAUUGUUUAAAAAAUAAUUAAUUUUGGAUGUGUAUUUUAAAGCAGUGGUUUUACUGGGCUGCAUGAAUUUUUGAGUGAGUAUAAAGAGGUUUAUGGUAUGGAUGUGUCACAUUUUCAAUUGCAUGAAUGUUAGGAACCAGGAACCAGGCGUAGAGGGAUUGAUUCGUUACUUUAUUUUAUUCUACCUGCACCAUAAAAGCAGAAUGGGGACUGCACACAUGCGCAGUCAACUGCAGUUUCUCCCGCUCCCGCAACAGCACCCACCGUGCCUCUGAAGAGCCGCAGAGGCCUGCUUACCGCAUGGAAAUAAAAUUCACGUAUAUACUUAAACAAAAAGAAAACUGUAUAAUACAUAUUAUGCUCAUUGUGAAAAUAGAAACUAAUAAGCCCUGCAUGAUAGCUAUACGCUUUUAACUUAUAAAGUAUAAGGUAUUACUGUGAAUUUGCAACAGUUAGCACCUUUACAUAGAAACCGCCCGAACUUCGA